AUGCUAUCAAUUGCGAGCAAGAGGCCAUUGGCUUUGAGUGCCAGGUCGGUUGUCGGUAUCGGGCGUACCAUGGCUACCGCGAAGGAGAAGUCGCAGCCGGUUCCAGAUGAGAACGAGAACGUUGAGAUCAGUUUGCCAGAGACCUCCUUCGAAGGAUACAUGCUGGAGCCACCUAGCUUGAACUACUCAGCCACUAAGGGCUCUCUGUUGCAGAUGUUCAAGGACAUGGUCAUUAUCAGAAGAAUGGAGAUGGCCUGUGAUGCGUUGUACAAGGCUAAAAAAAUCAGAGGUUUCUGUCACUUGUCCGUCGGUCAGGAAGCCAUUGCUGUUGGUAUCGAGAACGCUAUCACCAAGCGCGACUCCGUUAUUACUUCUUACAGAUGCCACGGUUUCACUUACAUGAGGGGAGCCUCCGUGCAGGCUGUCCUAGCUGAAUUGAUGGGUAAGAGAUCUGGUGUAUCUUUCGGUAAAGGUGGUUCCAUGCACUUGUUCGCACCAGGGUUCUACGGUGGUAACGGUAUCGUCGGUGCCCAGGUGCCAGUCGGCGCCGGUCUAGCCUUCGCUCACCAGUACAAGAACGAGGACGCUUGCUCUUUCACACUUUACGGUGACGGUGCCUCCAACCAAGGUCAGGUGUUCGAGUCCUUCAACAUGGCUAAGCUGUGGAACUUGCCUGUGGUCUUCUGCUGUGAAAACAACAAGUACGGUAUGGGUACUGCAGCUGCUAGAUCCUCCGCUAUGACCGAGUACUUCAAGCGUGGUCAGUACAUCCCAGGUUUGAAAGUCAACGGUAUGGACAUCCUGGCUGUCUACCAAGCUUCCAAGUUUGCCAAGGAAUGGUGUUUGUCCGGCAAAGGUCCAUUGGUUCUAGAGUACGAAACAUACAGAUACGGUGGUCACUCCAUGUCUGACCCAGGUACCACUUACAGAACCAGAGAUGAAAUCCAACACAUGAGAUCCAAGAACGACCCUAUUGCUGGUCUAAAGAUGCACUUGCUAGAGCUUGGCAUCGCCACUGAGGAAGAAGUUAAGGCCUAUGACAAGGCUGCCAGAAAAUACGUCGACGAACAAGUUGAACUCGCAGACAAGUCCGCCCCACCAGAGGCCAAGCUAUCUAUCUUGUUCGAAGAUGUCUACGUUAAGGGCACUGAAACACCAACUCUAAGAGGUAGAAUCCCAGAAGACACUUGGGACUUCACCAAGAACGAUUUCUUGGUUAGAGACUAA